CCUCACCACAAUGGCAUUGACAAAUUCAUUGUUUGCCAAGAGGAGCUGAUGGGGCUCUUUGCCAUCUGUCCGGCCUGUUGUGAGAGGUCGGACAGUAGCAUCGUGCAGCAGGAAGGAACUUUUGUUAAGAUCAAGCAGGUCUGUGCAUCAUGUGGCUACCACCGUUUCUGGCAAAACCAGCCAAUGCUCCACAGGAACAUGCCGACCUGCAACCUCCUGUUAAGUGGGGCCAUUCAUUUCACUGGCUGUUUGGCCACCCAAACAUUAAGAAUGUUGACCCUGUUUGGCCUGCAGUGCAUCAGUGCAAGCAGUUUCUUUUGACAUCAGCGCCACUAUACCAUCCCUGUAAUCGUUCAGGCCUGGCAGAACGAUCAAGCCAAGAUUUUUAGUGAUCUACGGGCAAUGGAUGGCGGGCUAGUUCUUGCUGGUGACUGCAGGUCAGAUUCUCCUGGGCACUGCGCGAAGUAUGGGUCAUGUUCUCUGAUAGAGGACAGAGUGAACAAGGUGGUGGAUGUUCAGCUUGUUCAGAGCUCAGAGGUCCCUAACAGCUCAUGGUGUGAGCUUGAAGGGCUCAAGCGCAGUGUUGGCCUGCUGAGGGGAAUGGACCUGCAUUUGGCAACGCUGAUCACGGACCGACAUCGCCAGGUUGCCGAAUGGGUGAGAGAGGAGCUGAGUCCUGAAGGGACACGGCAUUACUUUGAUGUGUGGCACAUUGCCAAAAGUCUGGGGAAGGCAUUGGAUGCAGCUUCAAAAGAGUGUGACCAACUACGAUUGUGGAGGCCAGCUAUAGUGAAUCAUCUCUACUGGACUGCAGCCUCAACCCCAGAUGGCAACCCAGCGGUCAUGGAGGCCAAAUGGAGAAGUUUAGUCAACCACAUCCAGGACAUCCAUGACCAUGACACCCCUGCCUUCUCCAGUUGUGCCCAUGGCACUCUAGACGGGGAUCAGCGCAACAAAGAGUGGCUGGAGCCAGGCUCAUUGGCAGCAGUAAAGUUGGAGAACAUAAUCAUGAGGACAGCCUUACUGAAAGAUUUUCGACAGCUGUCUCCACAGCAUCAGACCUUCUCCCUUGAGGCUUACCACUCCCUUAUCUUGCACUUUGCGCCCAAGCACACAGGGUUUUCAUACCUUGGGAUGUAUAGCAGGCUUCUCUUAGCGGCGCUGCAUUACAAUCACAAUGCCAAUCGCGAGACAGCAUGGAGAAGUGACGGGACGGAGAAGUACUGUGUGCGGUAUCCGCGCUUCAGAAAAGGAGCCCAUGUGGUGCGUCCCAUCAAAGAGGCAGCCUCAUACGACAAAUCCAAUUAUUUAGUUGUAAGUAUUUAUUUUAGUUGUUAGUUAUCUAAUUUCCUUCUGUCCCUUUCAUCUCAUUUGGUGGUGGUUUCCUGCAUGCUGCAUGUUUUGUUUUUUCUUUGUGUGCUGUUGCUUUGUUUUUUACUUUGCACAAAAUCAUUACUUUUUCUCGUCUUUGUAAGUGGCAGUAAUUGUCUCUGUACCCCAUUCAAGGGGUCCUGCAUGCUGCAUGUCUGCUCCUCUGUCUGUGUGCUUGGAUUUUCUUUUUUGUUGUUAUUUGCAUGAAAUAUCUUGUAUGUAAUUCAAAAUAAUUUACCAAUCAUUUUACCUGUGCCUUGUCAACCUCUGUGUGCGGUGUUGUCUGGGCUCACUGUGUCUGCUUGAUGUGCUUUUGCAUGUAUCACUGCAUGUAUAUGCAUGCAUGAAAUAGUAUGGGUUUGUGUGUGAGAAAGAGAACCAUCAGCUGACCCUCAGGUAAGACCACACUACUGCAAGCCAAAGAAACAAGGUGCAAAUGUUUCGGGUCUAGCCCUUCAUCAGUGUUCCUUGUAUGUUUGUAACCAUUUUUUUUACUUUCAACCUGUGUCUUUGUCCUUGUUCAGUAAAUGUUUAAAUGUUCAGUAACCAUUACAAGCAAU